AUGGCAACGGUAUUGAUUGAAUUAUUUGGAGAUGUAUUGCUUCAGUUUCAAGAAGAUGAUAAAAAAUUAGUCGAAGUAUCAACAAAACAACUCGAUGGAAAGAUUGUUGCACUCUACUUUUCAUCUCAUCGGUGGCCAUAUUGUCAAGAAUUUACUUUGAAAUUAGCUCAAGUCUAUAGAAAUGUUUAUAAUGAAAUCAAUGAAAAAUUCGAAAUUAUUUUUAUUUCUCGAGACAAAUGUCAAACUGAAUUUAAUGAAAGUUUCAAAGAGAUGCCAUGGAAAGCAAUACCAUUUCAAGAUGGAAAACGUUUAGAAACACUUUACAAAAACUUCAAAAUCUGUGGCAGUCCAUCUUUAAUUAUUUUGUCAUCAUCCGGUGAAAUAAUUACGUCAGAAGGUUCUCUAGAAUUUAGUAUUAAAUCUGAUUCGAUUCUAUUUCUAUGGUCUCAAGGAAAAUCUCUUUUUCAUUCAUGUCAACCACAACCAAAUGAAUUUCAAUGGAAUCACGUUCAUUGUGAUCAAUGUUACAUGCGUCCAUUAGUCGGUAUUCGGUAUGGAUGCAUAAAUCGUCAAUGUCAGUUUAAUUUUUGUAAAAAAUGUAUUGAUAAAAUCAAACAUGAACAUCCAUUAGUCGAAUAUCUUGUUCCAAACCGACAAUAUUCAAUGAAUGAAUUUUUUGCAUCUGUACCUUAUUUACUGAAUUCAAAUAAACAAGAACAAGUCAAAACAGAAAUUCUUUGGAAAGACGAUGUUAAAGCUAUUGGAUUUUACUUUUUAGCUUAUCGUUAUUCGUUUAAUUGUGAUUUGACACAGAAAUUAAUCCAAGAUUAUAAAGCUACACAACCGACAAUAAAUCCAUUUCCAAUAGUAAUCAUUUCAUACGAUAUAGAUGAACAAUUACCUAAUAAAUAUUGGUCGAAUAUGCCAUGGUUUACAAUUCCAUCCGAUUAUUAUCGUUUAUUCUAUGCAUAUUUUACACCUCACGAAUGGCCAGCAUUAAUUGUCAUGUCGAUCGAUGGAAAAGUAUUGACACAUUUUGGUCAUCAUUAUAUAUUACGUCAAGGUUCAAAAGCUAUACAAUGUUGGUCUCGUGGUGAAAAAGUAGCUGUUUCGACACCGGACGAUUAUGUAUGGCAAAAUAUUAGUUGUAACGAAUGUAAUAUGAUACCAAUUAUUGGAAAAAGAUAUCAUUGUUCAAUAUGUGAAAAUUAUGAUCUUUGUUUUGCAUGUCAAUUGAAAGGACACGAACAUUUACUUGAAUUAAUGUAG